ACUGUGUGUAUUGAGUAGGGCAGCAUGGGCCGCGUGGACAGCUCAGCUUAGGGAGAGAUAUUAAAGGAAUAUAUCUCGCGCCUUCGCGUGUGGGUAGAAGGCGAGUGUACCCUGAGCAUCUCCUGUGUCUUGUCUAAUGUGCAUGGUGUGUGAGGAAUGGUGAAUGGUGAUUGACGUCGGGACCUGUAUUGGAGGGGGCUAAGACAGUGUCACUCCUGCGUUGUGCGCUGGGCUUGCAUGUGCGGUGUCAUUAGAUGCGGUCAAAGAUGAACUCUGGUUGCAUCAUCCGACAUGCGCUGCGAAAUCGUCGGCGGGGUUCGAACGGUGUUGGUGUUCAAAGGGCAAGCCUAGCCGACGCCGCGCCAAGACGAUGCGGGGCCAAUUGGCGCCGAGGUGGACUGGGGUAAACACCGCGCUGGUAAACAUUCGCGCUUUGCGACAAGCAGCGCAAUGGCGAGCGCAAAGCAGAGCGAGAAUCUGCUGCUCACGGAGCACUUUACGUGGCCGCCCAUUUCCCUCAUCGACGACAUCAUAAACACCGUCAACGACAGCCUGUACAGCUGCAAUGACUCCCUCGAGACAGGCAUGCUGUCCGCGCCGCCGGCACAACUAGGUUUCCUGCCCCAGAACCCGGAGGAAGGAGAGGAGCGAGUUGCGGAAAGAGCAAGGCUUGAGAUCGAGGAGGGCGCGCAGAAACUCGAGACGCUGAUGGUGGAUGCGGUGGAUAGGAAUUUCGAUCGGCUGGAGAUUUGGACGUUGAGGAAUGUGUUGUGUUUGCCGAAGGAGGAGGGGUUUGAGGGGUGGGUUAGGUUGGGGCACUACGAGGGCCUGAAGAUUCCAACUGCGGAGAAUGAGCUUACACCCGAGGCUCUGUACGCGCUCCGCCGCAAACUCGUCGAGACGGAGAAGUUGCACGCCGCGCUGGCCGCAGAGAAGAAGCGCAACGAGGUGCAGAUUGCGCGGCUAAGGGCGCUGCUCGUCCCACCAACACAGAGACAGGCACCCCGUGCGUCGACAGCUUCGGCCGCAGAGGAGAAAGAAAACACAGAGCGGGAAACAGCGCCCUUUGCUUUCCUCACGCACCACCCCGCCGCGCAGACGCUCGGUGUCCAGCCCCUCCCUGCCUCUAUAUCCUCUGCGAAGCCGGAGACCAGAACGCCGCUGACCACGCACACCACCUUCACAACCACCCAACUCCCGCACUUACGCCAGCUUCUGGCGAGUCUAAAACCACACCUUGCAUCUACCGCGCUGCCGAGCGGCAAAGCAGGAGAGACCGAGGAGAGGGCCAAGGAAAGGAGGUCGUAUAUUGAGAGUCAGAGUCGGCGGGUGUUGGAGAGGCGGGGUGUGGAUACGAGAGAUGGGGUUGAGGGGGUGAUCGAUGGAAACCGUGUUAGGGGAGACGAGGUGCGGGCCCUAGAGGGAGUCGUUGGGGGUUUGAAAGGGGGUGAGAAAGGGAAAGGGGGCGAGGUUGAGGAGGUGGGAGAGGGGGAUAGGAUGGAUGUGGAUUGAAUGUCUGUGGAGCAUGGGCGGCGUGGGCGUUUUGGUAAAUGGAUGGGCUGGAUUGGGAUACCUCUUUUUUGGUUAUUUGGUUUUGGGUUAGCAUCGGGUGUUUGGAUGGCGGGGGUCGGCGGGCGUUGUGUGAUAGAUACCACAUUCAGUCAAGGCAAACCAUCCUUUUUAUGUCCUUUCUCUCCUUGAUAGGGUGUCCUGGUCGCGACAGCCUCACGUACAAGUUGAGAGACAUUCGAGGUGCAUGGAAAGGCGAGAGUGAGGCGUUUUCCCCGAAAGACUGUUCUGGAGUAGAAGCGACGACGGAAAUGGGGAAACUAUUGGUUCUAUCUACGUCAUCGAAGGUAUGGAUCGCUGUUCUGA